CUCGAUCCUCUCGACCACAACGCCGGCCGCAUGCCCUUCCGCCCCUCCUGCCCCGUCUUAUCGCACAAACUCCCACCCUCAUCGCGCGCAUGGCUCGCGCGGCAGUUCCGUGACCCGUACGUGAAGGCGCGCCUCUCGUACCCCGCCCACUUCCGCGCGCGCUCCGCGUUCAAGCUCAUCGAGCUCGACAAGUCCUUCCACUUCCUCGACGGCCGCAACGUCCGCGCCGUCGUCGACCUCGGCGCCGCGCCCGGCGGGUGGAGCCAGGUCGUCGCCGGGAAGCUCGGAUGGACGGAGGAACCCCCGCUCGCGCCCCGCGUUCCGCCCGCGUCGUCGUCCGGGUUCGGGCUGAAGGGCACGAACCAGUCGCUCAAGGCGCGGAGCAAGGGCAAGGACUGGAGCACGGCGCCGGAAUCCGAGGAGGACCUGGUGGACCCGCUGGACAUCGACGCUGGGCUGGACGCGCCGCGCCGUGCGGGACGCGGGACGAUCAUCGCGGUCGACCUCCUGCGCAUGGAGCCGCUCCCGGGUGUGAAGGCGAUCCAGAUGGACUUUCUCUCUCCGGAGGCGGACCAGUGCGUGUCUGAGCUGCUCAGAAGCGAGCCUGGGGCGGACGGGAAGGCGGACGUCGUGCUCUCAGACAUGGCUGCGAACUUCACGGGGAACGCGACGGCGGACACGGAGGCGGGGCUGCUGCUCUCGCAGAGCGUGUUCGAGUUCGUACGGCGGCAUCUGCGCACGGCGGACAGUGUGGGUUUGCGAAAGGCAGGUGCCCUAAUACUCAAACAUUUCGCGUCGCCGAGCGCUCACAAGUUCCGCAAGCAGUGCCUCGACCCGCACUUCAACCUUGUGAAGUUCAUAAAGCCGCCCGCGAGCCGCACCGAGUCUGCGGAAGGCUACUGGGUGUGCCUGGGCUUCAAAGGGGUGCCAGAGCCUGUGAAGGCUGCGAAGGAGCAGAGUACUCCUACGUCAUAACAUCGCACGCUGCGUGAAGUACCACGUUGUGCAAUUCCACCUACUCCAAUGAGUACUACGCGCAACCUCAUCAUGGAAUAGGCUCACGCGCUUUAGGGAGUACAGGACUUGUCAUAAGCUCCUCCCUGCGAGCGAAAUCCCUAGAGCAUCUUCAUCCUCAACCCUACCGUUACCGGAUUAGCGCUGCUGGUGUGCGCAACAACAGCGGACCUGCCGAGGACACUCACUCUGUACGGCGGCAGGGACGGUGGAGGGCUCGACAUGAGUGUACUAAACAUGGGGUCGUGCUACGCACGGGUGCGCACAUAGUUACCGGUAGGGCCCUUGAGGAAUAUAAUGGAACGUCCGGAU